AUGCCUAGCUCCGAAGAGAGACGAAGCUCAGAACGAAUCGCAGCACAGAAAGAGAAAGCGGAGCGCGAGGAGAAGGAAAAAUUCGAGAGAGAAGAGAAGGCAAGACUCGAGCUAGAGCAAAAGGAUUUGAAAGCUCGAAUUGCACGGGGUUUACCUGAGGAUGGAUCCCUCAUGUUCAAAUCGUUCGGAUACAAAGACAGACCUUUCCUCGUUGAACGCGAAGAGGUAUGGCGUAAAGAAGAAGAUGUCAGAAUCGGUUCCUGGGCAACCAAAGCACACUGGAAACCAAAAACUUCUAUCCUGGGGAAGAACGGUCUCAAGGACUUCGCUCAAGACCGCCAACAAGAAUAUAUUGCCAUGAUCAAGGAAAACACUUCUCACCCGUCGGAAAAGUUGACGCCGUGGGGUGGUCCUCCCAUCAUCAUGAACAUCAAUCCAGAUCUCGAUAUCCCGUAUUCGAAUCUCUGCUACGUCGAUUUGAGUCGUCCUGGCAAUCCCAAGUAUGAAGAGAAGAAGCUGGUGUUGCCCCAGCCAAACAGAGACGCCUACGGCGCCUUCGAGCAAUGGAGACAGGAUAUGGCGGAUACUGAGUUCAAGGGACGGUUCCUGUCCAAACAAGCAAAGGACAGGAUGUAUGAAGAGCCAAAAUCUAAGUCCAAAGCUAAGAGCGGGUCUGGAAGUAAAAGCUCUGGGGUCACGAAGUCUCAUCAUGGUGGUAGUUCUUCUCGAGGUGGCAGUGGUAGAGGCGGUAGAGGCGGUGGUAGAGGAGGAAGGGAGGAGGAGGGAGUGGGAGUACGAGCGUGGGAGUGA